AUGGACACGGUGAAGACUUUGAGCGACUUGUCACUUGCCAAGGACUGGCUCCCGGGAGAAAUAGCGCACACCGUCAGCCGCAUGGAGCACAAACUGAUCGUCAUAGAGACGACACACGACGCAGGAGAUGCGCUCGCAAAGUUCGCUGAGCUCGAGUGCCCCAAGGACGCCAUUCUUGUCAUGGGAAGCCGUGGGAGGCAGGGCUGGCGCAAGACCCUGCUCGGGUCUGUAAGCAACAACGUCACUCAGCACUCGAAGCUGCCCGUGCUCGUUGUUCGGUCUCGGAAGUACCGCGACAUUCCCGACCUCACCUCAGAUACCAUCGGCCAAGCCUACCUCGGCAUGACCGCGAUCGGCAAGCAGCGUAAGAUCGCCAUCGCCCUCGACGGUUCAGAAACGGGAGUCGAGCUCUGCGCUUGGGCGACAAAGUAUGCGCUCACGACGUCUGACCAGGUUCACCUUCUCCACUCCGCCGCGCAAGAAACGCCGGAACAGACCCUCAUUGCCACCGCGAACGUACAGACGUGCAUAUCGACAAUCUCCGAGUUCCAGAAAUCAGACGAGACCGGAACUGUCGACUCUGUACUUCUUGAUCUGACAGGAGAUGUUCGCGACCUUAUUGUCGAUUACGUUGAAGCCAUGGGCGGCGCCCUCGACCUUCUCGUUCUGGGAACACGCGGCAUCAAGGGAACACUCAAGCGUGCGUUGCUUGGGAGCGUGAGCUCCUACUGCCUCGCAUUCGCGCCAUGUCCUGUAAUUGUUGUUCCAGGAGCAGUCGCCCAUGCUGCCGCACUCGCAGCGUGA